UCUUGGCAGGAUGUAUCCACGCAGUUGCUCGUCAAUAGCGUGUGAAUCCGUUUCUCGGUAGUAGAACUGCAUUGGGAGCCUCCCGCGGCAUGUGCGAGUGCAGAAAUCGUGGCGCGUGGUAACCGGAACAACUGUGAACUACCAGACGGCUGUCGUCGCCUCGCAUCGGCAACAGAAAGCUCUCGCAGUCGAUAUCCUGCGGUUGUUCGAGUACGACGGAGAAUUUGACUGAUCCCACGUGUUGACAUAAAUGCAAAGGAUACGGGAAGAGUUUCACGUUGGCUGUGGUGUUUGGUGUAUCAAUAAAUUGUGACACCUGUGCUCUAUAGUGUGAUACCAACGUCUACCUUCGUUGUGGUGGUUCUCACUGCAACUUAUUUAGUGGAAAGUCAGCUAUUGGAAGAAAGUUUUCCCCUGUAAUGGGUAAAAAUAUUGAAGCGAGCCAUUAAGUGAUCGUUUGCCAACCAAAACGCAUUCGUUUGAUCAAUUAUAAUAACUAAUCAGUAUAAUCCAAUUGUGAUUAUUAUUCGAUGAAUGAAAAGCCCCAUCGAAAUUGCGACCGUCAAAUCAAUAUUUAAUUAGGAGUGAAAACAAAAGCUGAGGAGAUAAAAAUUAAUAAUAAAUUACGUUCAAUCAUUUUCACGGUGUGGCCCAAGCUGGGGGCGAAGCUGUGCGCGAUUGCACUGUGCAACUGAAUUGAAAAUAAUUAAAAAUUCAAAUUAUACGGCCGUUCGUGAUGAAUAUUCAUGACGAGCUACGGGGCUGUGGCUCUGUGGUGAAGUGCACCUGACGGAUUAUCGCUAAAAAGCUCGACCACUUGAUGCGAUAGUGGAAUUAUCGUUUGCGCCAAUUGUCCCUUCUGUGGUGUCCAUUCCCCCUCUCCAGUGGAUUCCUUGCGGAGUGAUGCGGAACGGUCGAAUUUUCCGACGGUUCCGUUUCCGUCGCAGCUGCUCACGGCAGACGACCAUAAAGUCCCGAGUGGGCGCGUGAGUGAAUGAUGAUACUGUUUAUCACCCGACUAGGACACAAAGUGGAAACAAAAAUGAUUGAUGAAGCUACACUGUGUAAAUAACGAAACAAGUAAUUAUAAAUUUAUGCCGAAAUUAAUUUGAUUGUGUCUGGGCGCAAUCCUCAAUCUGCGCUAAUGCAUACCCGAUAUCGUCUCCGCAAUUAGCGAAAACCUUCGUAAUCUGUUAUUCUCUUUCAACUCUGCUCACCGAUACAUUCUUACUUAAUGUGUUACGCAUCUUGCAUCUUGUGAGGAAUCUGAAAGUGAUACUUAUCGAGAGUUAAGUGAAUGUUUACCAGAAUUGGUUACAAUCGGUGUUAGUCGAAAUGAUGCCUCAGCGGAAUAUUUUCUGCCCAUUGGUAACCCUACUGAUAUUGCUGCUAAAUAUGGUCCGACCUACCCUUGGAUACUUUGAUCUGUUCCUGAACCACUCGGAAGUAAUAAAAUUAAUGGGCAUCGAGGCGGACCUGUUCUACGUUCGCGACGGAGCCAUUAACGACUACGCCAUCAGCUUCGUAGUUCCGAUGAAAACCGGCAUUGACGAUUUGCAGUUUUCCUGGCAGAGUCGAACGGCGUAUCCGCUUCCCUACACGAUAUCGGUUCACUACGAUGACAACGAGGGCGCACUGCAACAUCCGGAGCUGAACAUCCCGAGCAGUGGAAUCAUCCCGAGGGUGGUGGAGACGUUCACCGUUCAUCUGGUGUGUUCGGGCAACGUGUCAAAGGAGGUACCGGUCGGGAUUCACCUACAUGUCGAAGGACCACCGAAGCAAAACGAUACGAAAUUGAUUAUCAGACGAAAUAAAAUUUGCAUUAAAGGCAUCUUCCCGCCGCGACAUCGGCUGCCGGCCGCGGAAAUUGCACCCCCACAGGGACCCGCCCUGCUCGGAGCUGCCGCCUGUGCCCUCGGACUGGUGCUGGUGGUUGGACUUAUUGCCAGCGCGAUGUACGUGAGAGCCCGAAAGCAGAUCCGCCAGGAUUCGCUACACACUAGCUUCACCACCGCUGCUUAUGGCAGCCAUCAGAAUGUGUUCAUCCGUCUGGAUCCCCUGGGGCGACCGCCCAGUGCGAACAGUGGCUCCUACGCCACGAUUGCUAGCCUCAACAAAUACCCCAUCAGUGAGUCGAAAAAAUCGUGGUUCCGAAGCACUCCAUCGCCAUCGCCGUAUGCAACGGCGCUGCUCCCGCUGAACCAUGGCCAGAGCAAUGCCACCACGGAGUCGGUUUACGCGAAGCCGGAUUCGGUCUGUCCGUCCCGGGUGUCCUAUUACGCUUCAUCGCAGCUUACCCAGGUGUACAGUCUGUCGACCCCUGCUCGCAGUAUCCAUAGCAAUGGCUCCAACCCGAAGGAUAAACUUCGACGGAUUGCCGUUUCACCGGACACCAUUAUCUGCCAACAGUUGGUACAGGAAGGAACUUACGGACGUAUAUUCUACGGUGUCCUGCAUCAUCCCCUCGGCGAAACAAGGGACGUUCUAAUCAAAACUGUUGUCGACGGUGCCUCGCUCAGCCAAGUGGCCUAUCUUCUAUCGGAAGGAUCAACGCUUUGUGGGGUGUCCCAUCCAAACAUCCUCUUUCCGGUGGCCGCCGUCACCGAGCUUUCGGGCCCGCCGAAAGUGGCCUAUCCGUUGGCAGCGAAAGGAAACCUCAAACAAUACCUUCAGAGCUGCCGAGAUAUCGGCAUGCAAAGCUCGGGCAUAUCGUUAAGCACCCGACAGCUGGUAGAUUUCGGCCUGCAAGUGGCCCGUGGCAUCUCGCAUCUCCAUUCGCUCGGUGUCCUGCACAAGGAUGUCGCCACCAGAAACUGUGUGCUCGAUUCGGAGCAAAAUGUACGAGUCUGUGAUAACGCACUGUCGCGUGAUGUGUUCCCUAACGACUACCACUGCCUUGGCGACAACGAGAAUCGCCCGAUCAAGUGGAUGGCGCUGGAAACGCUGGAGAAGAAGUUCUACACCACCUCGAGUGACGUCUGGAGUCUGGGGGUGCUGCUAUGGGAAUUAGCCACACUGGCGGCGAUGCCUUUUGAGGAAGUGGACUCAUUCGAGCUGGCCGCUUAUCUUAGGGACGGCUAUCGGUUAGCACAGCCCGUCAAUUGUCCGGAUGAAUUCUACACGGUGAUGUCCUGCUGCUGGCUGGCAGACUACAAGCAGCGACCGUCCUUUCCGCAGCUAAUUGCUUACUUGCACGACUUUCACGAGGACUUGGGCAAGUACGUCUAGCGUGCCGAGCGGUGAUUUCUGCCAUCUACCGCGUCGAACCAUCGUCGAAUCGGAGCCCAUGGUGAGGGAAUCGCUUUCGACGUCACAACACGAUUGUUACCUUACACAACUAGGAGAUUGUAGGAGUACCGGAGCAAAGAGGAGUAGGAGAAGGAACGGGGAACGGUUCCACGCUCAUCGGAGUUCCGCCGUUUACCAAGUGAAGCAACACAUUAAGUUACUAGGGGGAAGAGGAGAGACUUGGGUCUGAUGCUAGAAAGCAGAUCGAAAGGUGCAAUAAUGAAAAACGUGAAGCACGCGGGCGGAGGGUGGUGAUAAUCAAAAUAGAAAAGUACAAAUCGCUCUGGUAUGAUACGGGAGAAAAUUGUUGAAUACCAACUGAAAGUGAGCGAGUACAAACAUUUACGAUUAUUGAUGAUAUAUGCCUUUUGAUAUAAUUUUCUGAAAAUGCACAUUCUUCGAGGUAAUUUUCAUUUAAUUUGUUCUCUUAUAAGAUUUAUGUUCAGAAAUAAUAAUAUUAUCAAUAUGAGUUCGAUGUUCCUAGGUGAUCCGUACCCAGCGUGUUUGCGGGCUACAAUAAUUUUCAAAUACAACAGGGAUUGGCUUCGCUAACCACAAAAAUAAUUAAUAAAUCAUAAAUCAUACAUUUAUAGCACCACGGAAUUAUUUCGCUCGCUUGUGUUUGGCUGCGCCAGGAUUACGGGAUUUUAACCGUUAUUUCGCUAUCAAAAUAGACACGAAGUCCAAGGCGUUAUGCAGAUGGCUUAUUGGAGAGAAAUAAUGAAUAUUAUUUAGUUAAUAACAUCUCCGGUGCAGGAGAGUUUCUCUACCGUUGCUAUUAAUACCACAGGGGAUUAAAAUGCUACCACCGACCGACCGGACCCCUAUUUUAUCCACAAAAAUCACAUCGUAUAAUCGUUGCCACGAUGUACACUUGAACCAAAUUCGUGAGCCUUUGGAAAAUGAGCCAAACAAAUGUGUUCAUUGGAUGUACUAUCAUGAACUAUCGAACAUAUUUUUUUCACAAGACAAAGUGCUCUUGAAAAAUAUACCAACAAUAAUAAAAUGGUAUAAUAAAAUGGAAAAGUUUCGAAUAUUCGAGUAUUUUUUUAGUAUCAAAACGUGUGUCAUAGUUUUUUGAAAUUACGUUUUUGCAAUAGCGCUAGUUCCAAUCGAUUGUUGAACAUUUGUAUAAUUUUUGUUGAGCGCUUUUUUUGCAGAACAAAAUGCUUCUGACGGCCAUAAUUUGCUUGCGGAAUUACAUGAUGAACAUAUUUUAAUGAAUAUACACUACGAUCAGAAAGUAUUGGGAAUUUUUUAUUUAAAUGUACCGUGCAUGCGAAAACCGGUUAUUUCGACUCACAAAUCCAAGAGCCUGGAACUUGGUAUUGAAAUACUAUCGAUUGCUAUGUAUCUUCAGAGUCACAACCCAGACAGGGCCUCCAUACCAGUUUUGACAACGACACACUUGCUCGAAGACGCCUUUUGCCACUAGGUUUCACGUUGUUCGGCGUAAUUCUAGCUUCCACAUUGAUUGUUUUCGUAGCCUUUUCGAAUGCGCAUUCUGUCAUAUUGAAGUUUAUCUGCUCGUCAAUGUUCACCGCCCGGUAUUCCGGGAUGCGCUUUGAAGUUAUCAUAUCUUUUCCAAUAGUGACUUCUGCCCGCUGGAUCGCUUUGCAGUAACUCAACGUUCUCUUCACAUUGAAGCUGCUUUAGCGUGAACACACCGUCUUGCAACAGAUUUCAAAACGUAGGCAUAUGAACGGAGUCUUGUGGAACUUUCAACGUGAUCAUCAUCGAUUUCUGUUCCAGUUUGGUUUGACUCUCCACCCCUCUCUCUAAGGUGGGGGUGUGCUGCUGUACAAAUGAAACACAAAUUUCUGCAUUAUUCGAGAAUUAAUCAAGCAAAUGAAACCAAAUUUGGCAUGCGAAUGUUUUAGGGGACACGAAACGUUUCCAUGGUGAGGAGGCACUCCUCCCUUAUCUCUGAUCUCUGAGAGGGGGGUUUCUGCCAUACAAAUGAAGCAUACAUUUCUGCAUUACUCGAGAAUUAAUCAAGCAAAUGAAACCAAAUUGGGCAAAUUGGAGUUUGAGGGUACAAUAAAUUGUUCUAUGAUGGUUAGACACUCCUUUCGCUCUCUAAGGGUGGGCUGUCAUACAAAUGAAACACAAAUUUCUGCAUUACUCGAGAAUUAAUCAAGCAAAUGAAACCAAAUUUGGCAUAUGAAUGUUUUACGGGGCACGAAACGUUUGUAUGGUGAAUGCACUCUUCCCCCCUCUCUAAGGGGGGCUGCCAUACAAACGAAACACAAGCUUCUGCAUAACUCGAGAACUAAUCAAGCACAAUUUGGGAUGUGAGGGUUUUUGAGUAUGAGAAAUGGUAUGACACCCCUCCCUCCUCUGGAAUGGAGGGGGGGGGGGCAUAAAAAUAUUACACAUAUUUCAACCAAAAAUAUUCCAACCAAACAUGACAAUCGAAAAUUUUCGUGAAACUCUGAAGGAAAAAGGGAAAACCCGGAAAAGUAAAUUCGCAUAUUCUCUACAAUUACAUAGUGACAAGGGCUGUUAGUCCAUUUGAUGUUAGCGCUAGCGAAAUUGAUCUUCGUUCGAAACUGGAAAUGGAUUUUAAUGUGAUGAAACGUAGUCAUAUAUCUUUUUCUAUCUAUACCAAGAAAAGGAUCGCCGGAUGUGUUGAUAAGGGCAGAACUCGAGAAAGGAAUUUAACGAUUUAGGGCUGUCUUUAUUCUAUCAUAUUUUCUGUAUAACGGAGGAACAUGUCAUUUGCAAGUGGUUGAAUAAUCUGGAACAAGAAUUGUGUCUGAAUAUAAUCUGAAAUUAUAAUGAUGAGUUUUGUUAGAAAUACUAGGAAUUUUAUAGUAAAAGGUAAAUUCAACGGGGUCGAUUAGAAGAUCAAUCAAUGAACAGUUCUGCGAUUAGACCCAUGAACUUGCUGAUAGUAAGAAAACGUGGAUGUUUGAUAACAAAACACAAAUUUUGGGCGGGACGAAGUUUGCCGGGCCAGCUAGUGUUAAAAAUAAAUAGAAAAAAUCGAAAAAAUUGACUACGCAUAUGUACUGCAGUGGAAAGCGAAACCGAAAAAAAACUAUCCGUUCUGCAGUGAAAAGUUUGUUCAAUUGGAGCUUAUUAUUGACGUAGGACUACGUCUAACCGGAAGAUAUAGGAGGUUAAAUGAAAAUCUAGGCACUGAACAUGUAGGAAAAAAUAAAUGAUCGCAAUCGCUUAUAACUCGAGCAUUUCUUAAUACAUCGCACAUAUGUUUAUAUCAAUUGAUAGGAAAUAUUUCUUUGCAUCUAUCACAAUGAAUAACUUUUUUUCUUGAGAUAAACAAUUGCAUAAUUGUGGAACGUUAAACACUGUCCAAACGCACUAUGUGCCUCGUUUUGAUUGGUCCAAUCCAUGCUCCUCGAAUUAUUCCGACCAAAAGGAGCAACCAAAGUAACAGCGGAAUAUAAUUUGGAUCCAAGCAAAGAAUUAUAUUGUGAGCCACUCUCCUUGUGAAUCUUGGUUGUUGCUUUCCGUAAACAUCAUUAACGUUCUAACCGCGAAGCAGAGCUGAUGUACUAAGACCAUCGUUGUAGCAUGUAGCGACGGCAGGAGCAGUGCAAAAGUGAAAAGUUGGAUGUUAUAUUGAAAGAUUUGAAGGAAAAUAAUAGUGAGCUUGAAAUUUUCGAACGAGACCUCCUGCAAAAUGUUGAUUCCCACAAAAUCAGUCGGUCUUUAUCACCUAGUGUCACAAAGACGUAAAAGUUUGAGCUUUUAGAGUCCCGGCAAAUAAUUACGAAAAUAAUUCGAUACAGAUUGCGUACAAAUGGUGCCACUGGCUAUGGUUUUGGUUAGCGGAGAAAACGAAAUGUGUAAUAUGGUGUAGAGAAUGUUUCGCCAUAUCAAAGAAAAAAACCACAUUGUGUGAUGAAAACAGCAACGAAGGAAACAUCAUUAAAAAUUGACAUCGGCGUUUCUGAGGAACAGGUAUAGAUGAAGCAGAAGAUCAGGGUCACGGCUACCUAAGAUAUCCCGGACGGGGAUAUCCGAUUGUCUGCCUUGUACUCUCAGUGCUCUAGAGAGCUGAGAGCGAGCAGCAUGGAACCGGAUACACGACCAGACAACAUGCUCGAUGUCGUGGUAGUCAUCGCCACAAUCACAAAGAUUGUUUGCUGCGGGCCCAAUGCGAUAGAGAUGCGCGUUUAGUUUGUAGUGAUUGGACAUAAGCCGAGAUAUCACGCGAAUGAAAUCACGACCUACAUCCAAUCCCUUGAACCAUGCACUCGUCGAGGCCUUAGGGAUAAUCGUGUGUAACCAACGACCGAACUCAUCACCACUCCACAUGCGCUGCCAACAUACGAGCGUAUACUGACGAGGAAUGUGGAAAAAUUCAUUAUAAGCAAUUUGCCUUUCAAAAAGUGUGCCUUCUGAAGCGCCCACCUUAGCUAGCGAGUCCGCUUUCUCAUUCCCCGAAAUCGAGCAAUGAGAGGGAACCCAUGCUAAGGUAAUCUUGAAUAAUUUUUCAACCAAAACACUGAAUAGUUGUCUUAUUCUUGUUAGGAAGUUUUGUUUAAAGUCAAGAUAGCGAUAUAGUGUAUUCGACAAAGUUUUAGAUCUUAUUAAAAUAUGAACUUUUGUCGAAGACGUCAACAUUCUAUCUGUUAUAGUUUUUGAAACAUAAGUCAUUUUUGUAUGAAGACUCCUGAUAAAAAUGUUUUGCUCCUAACAUUUUUGUAUUUAAAUUCUCACGUUUGCCAUGUUUCUAAACAGACAAAAGCUAUGAAGAUCAUGCAAAUUGCGAUAAUUUAUACAUAAAAAUAUAACGAAUAGAACAUUAAUAGCAUUUUUUAAAAGAUUUCGAAAAUUCUUUUUAAUGAAAACCUAAGUAAAUUCCUACAUUUCAUUCUCUGACCAAAUUUUUGUAGGUCUUAUAGUUUUUAAAUUAAGAUUUUUCGAAAAAAAGUUGAAAAAACUCAAAAUUUAAAAAACCUGCAAAAAUUCUAUCAGGCCUACAAAAUUUUAGUCAAAGAAUGGAAUGUAGGAAAUUAUUUUGGUUUUCAUUAAAAAUUACCAAUGAAUUUUUUGGAAAGAAAAUUCAUUGAAAAAACAAUAUUUUGAAAAUUAAAAUUGAUAUUUCUCGAAAACAUAUGCUUCUAAAAUUCUGUAAAAAAUAGAUAUAAAUAACCCCUUCAAAUUUCCAACAUGUUUUCCAUACAUCGGACGAUGGGCACAUUUACAUGGAAAAAGUUUUCCGAGCAACAACUUUUUCAUGUUUUUCUUUGAAAAAAUACUAUUAAUGUUCAAUUCGUUACAUUUUUAUAUAUAAAUUAUCGCAUUUUAAAUGCUCUGCUAACUUUUCUCUAUUCAGAAAUAUGUCAAGAACAUGUCAAACGUGAGAAUUUACACACAAAAAUGUUACGAGCAAAACAUUUUUUUUUCAGGAGUCUUCAUACAAAAAUGACUUAUAUUCCAAAAAUUAUAAAAGAUAGAAAGUCGAUGUCUUCGACAAAAGUUUAUAUUUUAACAAGAUCUGAAACUUUGUCGAAUACAUUAUAUCGCUACCUUGACUUUAAAAGAAAUUAGGAUAAGUUGUAUUUUUUCAAAGAAAACAUGAUAAAGUUGUUGUUCGAAAAACUGUUUCCCUGUAAAAGUGCCCAUCUUCCGAUGUAUGGACGACUUGUUGGAAAUUUUAAGGGCUAUCUAUAUGUAUAUAUAUUCGGGAAUUUGAAAAAAAUACGUUUUUUGAAAAAAAAUAAUUUUAAUUUAUUAAAUAACAUUUUUGUCAGCGAAUUUUUUUUCCAAAAAAUUUUUAGUAUUUUUUUGUAAAAAUUUAAACAAUUUCCUAUUUUCAUCCUCUAACAAGAAUUGUGUAGGUAUCAUAGUUUUUAAGUUUUAAAUUUUUGUAAAAAAUUAAGAAAAAAAAUUGGCUGUUUCCAAAAAGUAGUCUAAUUUUUUUUCGAAUAUUUCAAGUAUGCAAAGUUGCUUAAAUGGCCCAUGACUUUACACCCACAACGUUUCACUGCUAUCUGAGAUGGUGCUGUCAACUCCUAAGAUGAGUUGGCAUGAAAUUCGUCACUUCUAGUUACUUUGUUAACAAGCCCAGUGUAACGAUCUUAGAACAUACCUUGCGAACGUAAUCGUCCGACAUUAUCUGACUUGUCCGUAGUAUAGCCCACUUCAGGGCGUUGACCCUGAGUUGAGCUGAGCUGGGUUGAGGCAUGUGCAUCAGCAUGUGUUCGGAUAAGAUUCAUGUUUCCUAUCAGCAUGCGUUGUGUUCGAUUUGACAUAUGGCAAAUCGCCCCAUUUUGCUGUAGAACAACUAGUUGAUCAGAAAAGAGGUCGGCCAUACCAGGAAGUACAUGGUUCUUCGAAAUACGUAUAUUUAGCAUUGAUUUCAACGUCAUCAUUAAGCAACACAGAAUGCAUUUCCAAAUCAUUGGACACCACAAGGCCAAAUAUCGUUAUUCUAGCAAGAUAUUCCGUUUGUAACUAAAAUUUUAAUUUCUCUCGAACAUCUUCAAAUUUUUGAAAUCAUAUUUUCAUCGAGGUAAACAACCUCAUCUAUUGAGUCACUCUCAAAUUCCUUAUCCGAUGUAUGGUAGUGAGGCGCUUUACUUUGACUUUGGAAGAUGCAUGCAAAACGUCUUUGAUGAUCCCUCGCAUAGAUGUUGUAGAAGUAUAGGCGAAUUACAAUAAAUUUUAGAUUUGACCGACCGAAUCAUCUUUCGCGGACGUCCACUUCCGGUUGAUGGCAGUAGAUGGUGAAAACCUCUUCUUUCUCUUUUAGCCUCUAAUAACUUGUUUAUCGUAAAUUUCCAUAAUAUCACAGUGGAAUACUGCCUGAGUGAUGCUUGAAACUAAUGACUGACAAAAACACUGGAAAAAAAAACCCUCAAAAGAUUGAUAAAAUAACUGGAAAACAAGAUGGAAAAAUUUUGGCAAUUCUGUUGUGCACCCUCUAUAUACAAAUUUGGACAAGAAUAUCACCUCCCGAUGCUUCGCUGAUAGUUAAUAAAAGCUAAUGAAAAGAAGGUUAGGGCAUAUAUUAUUUCAAUUAAGAACGAACGUGAAGCGAAGCGGAUGAAUGGGAGGGAAUGCAAAAGAUGUAUAUGGUACGAAUUUAUACUUUUUUGUCGUCGCAUUAUUAUCCAUAUAAAUCAACAAUAAUUGUUACAUGUGAGAUAAUCUAUUGCCAUUAUUGCAUUAUCUACUCGAUCGAUAGAGGAAGUAGAGCCGAGCGGGAACUAACAACUGAGCAACAACAACAAUUAACGAGAAGAUAGUUUAGAGUAAGCGAAAGAGCCAGAGUAAAACCAACAGAUUUAUAUAUAUUUGUUACAAAUGAAAUUUUUAUACGCCAACAAAGUGAGACGAUUCGAACAGUUGAGAUGUUGUUAAUGCGAAUUAUUUAACGAAAGUUUGUUUUUUUUCUGUAGAAGCUAGAUAAUAGCUAGAUAGCUUACCGCGCGCGAAAAUAAAACUUGUUCCUUUUGCCACUCAUACGGUACUGUUGGGAGCGGGGAAAAGAAUGCAACGGCAGCUUUUCGCGAAAAGAAACUUUUCUGCCACAAAUUAAAACCACCCACGUGGAACUCAUUUUCGCCUAGAAAACUCGCUUCUCUUCUCGCGCUACUUCUCUUCGAAUUUAUUGUUUCCUGGCGAACUUGCUUAAAUACUAGAAAACCGCUUCGCUCGUAAUUUCUAUCUUCCACCUCUGUAAAUAUUACCAGCAAAAAGAACCAGAAGUAACCAAAAAAAAGUUAAACUUUAUACUAGAACUUCUCUCUUGCAGAAAGCAUAAAAAACUACACAAAAGGAAAGUACAGGGUCAAAAAUUAGUUUUAUUUUUCUACUCGGUCCUUCGGAAGGGAAACGGAAGGAAAAGUUUACUGUUCUAAAUGAAACUAAAAACCGAAUUUAUGUUGAAAACUUCCCCUCUGUGAGCGUUAAAAUAUUAUUGGGAAUUCCUCGGUGUACUUGAAACAUUUUGUUGUUUUUAGCAAAAUUUCAGAUUCAAAAUUGUCUCAGCCAGCUUGCAAAAGAAAUGAGCAACCAAGAUAAAAACUCACUGCCAAAAGCGGUUAAACAAAUGAGAAAACAGUGGCCGUAUUGCCACUCGCUAGAAAUACUGAUUGUGAAUUUUCAAUUUGUCAUGUACCAAACACAAUCCAUACACUAAAAUCAAAUCUACUUAAGAUCGAUGUUAUAUCUGUCAUUUUUCGAUUAACGCUAUAACUCUUUAACUGUCAUAUGUCUCUAGUGGAAAAUCUAACCGAAAAAGAAAAAAAAAACAUUGAACGAGCCAAUGUGAGUGCCCAAAACGCACAGCAAAUGAUGGAAUAAAACAAGAAUCAAAAU